GGCAUUCAGCGCAAGUGCACGCAUUUCCAUAUCCCUUUCUCUUCUCUCUAAAUUGCCCACAUACAUCACAAGGCUUGCAUGCUUUCACAGCGGUCCCUGUGCUGCAAAGCCCAACGAACAAUCAGACCUGGAAUACAUACCUGAAACGCAGCCGAUCAUGGCACCAUUUGCAACGGGAACAGAUACACCACACAACGUGGAGGGCUCAUCUGCAGAAGCCUCGCCAAUCCUUGCCGGCAUCGAUGCCUCACAAAUCUCGGUCGUAGCAUCGUCAAGAGCUGUGGUGGGAGACAGACUGUCGGCCGCGACAAUUGUGAUAGCCACGAACACUGGCAAGAUCAUAUCAAUAUUUCACUCGGUCUUGCCCGAGGACUUGUUCCCACCUGGAACGCCAUAUGCAGAUCACAGCCCGCAUGUGCUACUGCCUGGCCUUGUCGACGCCCAUGUGCACUUGAACGAGCCAGGCCGCACAGAAUGGGAAGGCUUCUACACCGGGACGCGCGCUGCUGCUUUUGGAGGCGUCACUACCGUGGUUGACAUGCCAUUGAAUGCAAUCCCACCAACAACAACUAUCGAUGGACUCAAGGAGAAGGUCGCCGCAGCUCAAGGCAAAUGCUGGGUGGAUGUGGGAUUCUACGGUGGCAUUGUACCAGGCAAUACUAAAGAGCUGAAGCCGCUCGUGAAGGCUGGCGUUCGAGGCUUCAAAGCGUUUCUCAUUGACAGUGGCGUCGAAGAGUUUCCUGCUGUCUCGGCAGACGAUAUUUCCCAGGCUUUCGAAGAGCUUGCAGAUGAGCCCACAACAGUCAUGUUUCAUGCCGAAAUGAUACCCCCCGUCACAGCCUCCGUCGGUGAUAAUGUGCAAUGGUCGCUGCCACCACUCCAGCCAACCGGGCCAUUGAACAAAUACCAGACGUUUCUUGAUUCAAGGCCAUCAUCGUUCGAAACAUACGCGAUCCUCGAGAUUCUCAGCCUCGCACAUUUGGCACCUCAAUUACCGCUUCACAUUGUUCAUUUAUCAGCAUUUGAAGCAAUACCGAUGCUUAGAGAGGCGCGCGCAAAGGGAAUUAAUAUCACCGCAGAGACUUGUUUCCACUACCUGAGUCUGGCCGCGGAAAAGAUUCAAGACGGCGAUACAAGACACAAGUGCUGCCCGCCAAUUAGAUCGGAGGCAAACCAGGACGGCUUGUGGAAAGAAAUGCUAGACGUUGACCACAGUGUGAUCAAGACCGUCGUCUCCGAUCACUCACCCUGUACACCAAAUCUUAAACUUCUGCCGCCCCAUGUGCCUGGAGGCGAAAAGCCAAAAACCGCUAGCUGCUGCUCAAACACCGGUACGGGCGACUUCUUCAACGCGUGGGGUGGAAUCAGCUCCGUCGGACUUGGACUGAGCAUCCUAUGGACAGAGGCAAUGCGCAGAAGCUUAGGUAUUGACGAGACAAUACUCAAUAUCGUCAACUGGUGUUGCGUGAACACAGCCAAGCAGGUUGGCCUUGAGCACCGAAAAGGUGAGCUCAAGGUUGGUAUGGACGGUGAUAUCUGUGUUUUCGACGAUCGAAGCACUUUCGAAGUGCAACCAAACACCAUGCUAUUCCGUAACAAGUGCUCUCCGUACGAAGGAAAGACCUUGACUGGAUUCGCGAAAGCCACAUAUCUGCGUGGUCGUCGAAUUCAUACCCGGGACGGCGGGUUCAAGAAGAGCGCAAAACCACCCGGUGAACUUUUGCUCGAGCCACGAAAGCGUGUAUAGAACUCAAGCGCAUCAGUAUCGCUCUGGCACGAUGACAUUCCUCACAUGGGUCACUGGUCGUGGAGGAAUUCCGCAGAUAGAAGCGAGGCGCCGUAGAGAGCCAAAGGAGUUAAACCGAGAGGCGUUAAAAAAGAUUCACUCACUGGAAUUCAUUAAUCUCCGCGUGUAGCGAGCGAAUACUAUUCGACACUUGCGCCGAACAUGAGCGCUAUCGAACAUGACUUCAAUAAGGUCCAAGGUCUUCACACAGACUUUUCUACCAACCAGGUAAGGAAGCUGCUUAGCUGGUGAAGCAUCCAUUAGAAUGUCAUACGCCGACCGAACGCUCCACCAACCCCUGCCAGAGUCAACAGAACACAACUUUGAUUGUUUAAACAUCGUGUGACAUAGAAUCAUACGUUCGAUCUUGCCUGAAUCUCCUCAUGAGGGCUCCUAAGGACCUUGAACGAAGACCUUAGCAAGUCGUGGCCCCAACACCCCGAGUGGCGCGAUAUCAAUUCAUCCAACGUUCAACAUACAAAUUUCGCGAAGCGUUGAGGUCGCACCUGAAUGGACAGUGCCGCUUCCGUCGAUGACUUCGUGAAAGAAAACGGGGUUGACAAAGCGGAAGGCAACAGGACUUGGGCUUACGAAUACCAAUACUUCCGCGAGGCUCCGCUUACUCUGAAAGAAGACCGAUGACCUCCAAGCCCCAACACCUUCGACACCUUUCGAAACCGACGGUUCCGUGUUCUAAACAAUGAUGGAAUAUGAUCAGGAACGCGAAUCUUUUGGUUACGACCCCGAAUCUCGCCUUGCGUUGGCGAGUAUCGUCUUGUCUCAUCCCAACAGAAACGGCAACAAUGAUGAUGCGCUGUAGGACCUGGAUUGCAUAUAUAAGUGCAGCCCAGACGAGCUCACAAACCCGAUGUCUUUACUCCUCAGCAAGCAUCUCCGGAUACAAAUCAAUUCCGUCGAAGACCUUUCACCGCCGAGCACCACCUUAGCAACAUGAACGCGUUCACACCCGCACCAAACUACAUGAUGAACGAAAGCCGAACAAACAGUGUAUCUAGCUCCGGCUCCUCUCUCAAGGAGCGAGCAAGCCAAACGCUCCACACUCUCAGCGAGCACAACAACAGAAUUCUGCGCAAGCUGGGUCUGCAGCCCGACAGACCAAACCGUGUAUCUUCGGCCGUUGAGUACGGAACUCCGGUGACAUUGGGCUACUGAGAGCGAGGACAGGGACACAACAUGUCGUUGGAUGGACGCUGUGGUGUAGAGAGUAAAGCUCUUCAGGUAGACGAGAGAGCAGCAUUUCGAGAUUAGAAUGCAUGGAAUGGGAAGAACAAAACAAGCAUAUUUCUGCCAGGUGAUCGGCAUCUCGCGACUUGGUUUUCAAUGCAUAACUCGUGUCUCUCACGCAGGGCCAGUGUACAUACGUGAUCGCAUUUGCCGGUUUCGGUGUUCAUGACAGUUGGAUGAUUGAUCUCGUG